AUGACAGAACUCUCACCAAAUGCCGGGAGUCUGAAGCUUUUCGGCAUGGAAAAUUUUGGUAACACGUGCUACUGUAACUCUAUUCUUCAAUGUCUCUUCUAUACGAAAAAAUUCCGCCAUCUGCUUCUUUCGUAUAACGUUGUUUCCCACGAACCAUACACUUCCGUCCCCGGGGCAAAUCCACAUGUGUAUACAACAAAGUACGAACAAUUGUUGGCCAAAAGACUUAAGGAGCAAGGUAAGCCGCUAGUCCCGGCUGAAAAUGGCGGCACUGGCGCCACUGGCCCAGUAAGACCCUCGCUACGGAACUCACUCUUUGGAAAGUUCGGCAACUCAACUCAAAACAUCCAUUCCGAGGAUCACAUCCUUAACACAACAUAUCGAAAACUUGGAUAUAUUCUCGAGGCAGCGCAGUGUCCCUCCUUGACGAUCGAGCAGCAGCUUAUCAUCAAAAAGAACAAGGACUUCCAUGGUCUAGAAUUGCUCGUUACCAGACCAUCAAUUGCAGCUACACCUGCUAAUUCAAGCGAUAACUCGACCGCUGCAACAGCGCUUUUAGAUCUGAAUGUGGCUCAAAUGUCUAGCCCAUUGGAUCCUGGACCAGUUACCACUAGAUCCAACUACAUUGCCGUUGGUAUUCCGCAUCCCGAACCUGGAUUGGCAUUGCCGAUAAACCCAUUCCUGCCAAAUCCUUCCGUGGACCAGCGCAAACGGUCUGCUUUGGUGAACGGCCCAAUCGUUAAUUUAGAUAGUCUGAUCUCUCCCAACUCGGGUACUCUGAGCGAACUGGCCUUCUUGUACGCAUUGCAAGAUAUGUUUGCAGGGAUGGUAGAAAGCGAUUCGCAAAUUGGUGUUGUUUCACCUCUGUUCUUCGUGAACAAACUCAAGGAGCGUAAUUACCUCUUCAGACAAGCGAAUAUGCAUCACGAUGCACACGAGUUCUGCAACUACAUGAUCAACGAAAUUAUAGAAACAUUGAAUAUCGAAACCUCUCAGAAACAGAAUUGGUGUACCGAUAUAUUUCAGGGACUCAUUACCAACGAAACAAAAUGCUUGUAUUGUGAGACUGUUACCUCAAAAGACGAGACCUUUCUCGACUUAUCAAUUGAUGUACCAUCCGGUGAGAGCGCGUACUCCCUCACAUUCUCUUUGAACAAUUUCUCAAAACUGGAGACGCUCAAUCACCAGAACAAGUUCUACUGUAAUACAUGCAGAUCAUUACAAGAGGCUGUCAAAACUAUCAAAUUGAAGAAAACGCCAGAGGUACUUGUCAUCAAUUUUAAGCGUUUUAAGUAUGACGACAAAAUUGACAGCAUGGUCAAACUCUUCGACUCUAUUCUGUAUCCUAUGCGUCUUCGACUCUUCAACACUACGACGAGUGGUAACAAUGCCUCAAAAAGUGAUGGGUUUUCUUUGUAUGGUCUCUACGCAUUGGUGAUUCAUAUUGGAGGCGGCCCCACGCACGGUCACUACGUUGCGUUGUGCAAAAACGAAGCUGGCCUUUGGUUUUUGUUUGAUGAUGAGACUGUUGAGCUUGUGGAUGAGUGGUACGUUCUUCGAUUCUUUGGCAAUGGCCCUGGCUUGGCCACCGCUUACAUGUUAUUCUACGAGAAGCUUGACACAGCUAUGCAAGAAGAUGGCCUCGAUUUCGGCAUAGAUGUAAAUGGCUUGUACAAUGGUGACGACUACUCUGUUGCCACAGAAGCUACUCCAGGAGUAUUUUCGAACAGUAUCAACCCCGUAUCAGUUGGCACACCAGAUACAGUCCACUCCCAUAGCCAUUUCCAGGAUCAAUCGGAUACACUUGCAACGAAGGGUGAAAGCUAUCCCAAGAAAAGCAAUGCUCCUGACCAUAUUGAUCCUAUUGGCGAUACAGUUUCUCGCUCGUCCACAAGGGGUACAAAAGACAUUCAUCCAGAGACUCCAAAAUCAGAAAAGAAAUCCUGGGUCACUGGACUUAAAAGGAGGGAAGGAAAGACCGACCCUCCAAAAAUUGAUAGAAAGGCCUCCGUGAGUAGCAUCAGAACAGAGGCCAGCACCGCCACCACUGGAACAGAAGACGCACCAGAAAAGCCACGGAGAAUGAGCAGCAUUUUUGGAUUCAAAAGAAGGAGCUAA